AUGGCACGCUACCAAACCACAUCAUCAUCUCAAAACAAUUACAAUACAGCCAACGCCUCUUCGGGCUCUUUGGACGGUUCCGCAUUUGAUUUCCGUUACGAAUCGGAACAUGAGGGCGGCCCAGCCCAUGAUCCCGUACGGAUGAUUCGCGAGACAGGAGACCGCUACCAUAAGAGUGCACGAGGUUUAUGCACCAAACCACCCGCUGGAUCCGAAGAUUCAACUGCAUUGCGACUUCGGAUGGUGGGCCAGGCACUGGUCCGAAGUGCAUUCCAUCGGUUCUCCGGCUCAUCGGCUCUUGCGAACAGGCAUGGAUCGACACUCGCAGGACCGAGUCCUCGGAGUACCGCGUUACGGCGUCCGAAUAGAUCGGCGAGGCACGAGGACGACUCCGAGCUUCGUAAGACGAUGUCAGGUGCCGUGUCAGCAACACCUCAGCGGAGUGGCACCAACUCAAGUGGCACCGCUGGCAUUGUCUCAAACUCGGCGGGCAGCGCGGUAUGCCGUGCCGCACUGGGCCGAUACGUUCCUUCCAGAAACGGCGCUGCCACCUUCAACCCCAUCUCAUCGACCGAUGGGUUCGGCUGGCUGUCUUACUGGAACCGGGAGGUCAUGAACGCCGCGGCUGUGGUGUAUUCUGAAUCCGACUCACGCCAAUUGCCGGUCUACGGCUGUGAUGGCUACGCCGGCUCGGCGCGACUCGUAAGCUCGGCGGCCAGACCGGGCGUUAGACUGCUGGAAUCGCGGCUCCCAGCGCGUCAGGCCGUUCUGGAUCAGCGGCGGAGAAACACCCGCUUGACCCAGCGGGCCAAAGCGGUGCACGCGGAGAGAUCUCUUCUACCCGAUUUCCCGUUAGAACCCUAG